UCUUAUCAGAUUAUCUAUUCUGCUGACAAGUUGAGGAGGUUUUGUCUAUAAAUUUACAUAUAUUUACAAAUAAUCGUUCAUAUUAUUCGAAACAUUGUUACAGAACAAACAUAUAUAAGGAACCCGGUAUAAAGUGAAUCAGUUGAAGAGUGUUUUGUUGAAUGAAUAACCUGAUGAAUAUUUAACAUUGUGUAGAGGAAUUUACUUGCGGAUAUUCAUCAAAAUGAAACCUCAAAAAUUUUCUAUCAAUGACAUUUUGACAAGAGAGCCGCCGACGAAACAGACAAUUGUGGGCCGGGAUGAAACAUCUUUACUUGAUUUAAAAGAUGAAAAUCAAGGCAUUCCAGCUUUACCAACUCCCCCACUCUCGCCAGAACCUGUCCAAAAGACGAAGGAAAAAUCUCAGAUUAAGGAGACGCCAAAAAGGACCAAAGGAGAUAUGACGUCAUCAAAGCGGAAAAGGGACCCAAUCGGACAGAUUUUAGACAGUCUUUGCAACAGCUCUGACAAAAAAGACCAACAAACACCCAGUGCAUUUUCUCCGAUCGUCACAAGUUCAUGUACUUCCCAGUUAUCUCCCCUGGGUAUGCUGGCACACUGUGAUAGGCGAUGUUACCAGACGUCACCUAGUGGUGUAACGUGUACUUCACAAAGUCCGCCAUCUCUGCAAGGUGGCGUCAUGCCGCAAGUUCAAAUGUCAGUGGAGCAACUUCAGUACCUCCAUGCCCAAAGACUUGCUCAUCAACAAUAUUUGCAUCAACAACAACAACAACAACAACAACAUAUUGUGGCAAUGCAGGUCGCCGCCAAUCCAUUCUUAGCUCAACAACAAAAUCAAUAUCAUUUACAAAUGCUCAGGGAACAGCAUGCGAAACUGAUGUCGUAUGAUUUUACAAAUGCUAGCAUGGGCGUAUCACAAAAUUCUAUCGCUCAAAAUGCUGCUGCACCACUCUGGAUGGCCUGGCUGAAGUCGUCUUCUAACCCUAUGACGUCACAUCCUCUUAAAGAGUCGCGAAUUCCUCCGCCACCACGUUACCAGUGCGAUGCUUGCAAGAAAAGUUAUUCAACUUUUGGGGGACUAUCAAAGCAUAAACAAUUUCACUGUGUCAGCCACGUGAAGAAAGAAUUCAACUGCAAAUAUUGCGAGAAAUCAUACGGUUCUCUUGGCGCUUUGAAAAUGCAUAUUCGGACCCACACACUUCCCUGCAAGUGUAAAUUGUGCGGAAAGGCGUUUUCGCGACCAUGGUUACUCCAAGGACAUGUAAGAACACACACGGGCGAAAAACCGUUUAAAUGCGUACAUUGUGGACGCGCAUUCGCAGACAGAUCCAACCUGCGUGCGCACCUUCAGACACAUUCGGAUAUUAAAAAAUAUGGCUGCAAAAACUGUACUAAAACCUUUUCAAGGAUGUCUUUACUUCUGAAACACGAAGAAGGAAGUUGUUUAGGACUCAGACGAUAAGUGUUAUUACUAAGAACAUGCGAAAGCCAUUGCUGUGAAUUUUCUCAAAAAUUGUUCAGUCAGUAUGCAGUAUCAUUCGGAACUUCGGUCAAGACCGUUAUACAAAUUCAAAAACUAUAUAUAAAAUUGUAACUAAUUUGUGCUUUUUGUGAUUCUGUUGAGACGAAUUCAUAGAAAAUUUAUUUACAUAUUUUGACAAAAAUGAAUGACAAUUCACUUAUGAUAUGUGCUAUAUUAUAUAUUGUAGUUUUGUUCAUCCGCUGUACUUUUCAACUUUUAGUAAAAACUUUAUAAAAAUAUCUUCAUAAUUACGCAGGACAACAUUUUAUGAUGUCAUAAUCAGACUCGCGUACAAUUCAUUCAUACACUUUCAACAUCUUAAGGGUCCAAUGCAUUUUAA